UGCACCCAGGAGGAAGCCCAUUGGACGAUGCAACGUUGCUCUGGACCAAUCCAACUGCACUACCGUGCCAACUAUGAUGGGUACCGGAGGCUGCAGAGGGAUCUAUCGGAGGGAACGGUGACGUCAGGAGACUCAUUCUACAUCAGAAUCAACCUCAACAUCUCUGGCCAAUCAGACACCUGCUCCCUGAGCGUGCUUUGUGAUGAGGUGGUCCAUGUCCUGGACACGAUGCACCAGGGGAAGUGGGAGUGGCUUUGCUCCCGGGUCGAAGCCUACUCUGGAACCGACCUAUCGGAAAAAGGCACCAUCCCCUCUUACUCACGGGCCCAGCAGCUUCUCCUGGUAAAGAUGCAGAAGCUGGUGUGUCGAGGAGGAAGAGAGGAGAAUGACAGCCUGCGCAACUUCAAGAACAGCUUACAGCCUGAAGAGUCCAGCCUGUCCUCAGACCCCAAAUCCAGCCCUCGCAUGUCCAGAGCUAGCGUCUUCAUCACACAGAUACUACAGUUUGUCAGCAGGGUGGAUAAUAAGUAUAAGCGUAUGAACAGCAGUGAGCGUGUUCGCAUUGUGAGCUCAGGAAACCCGACGCUGCCCAGACCAGGCUUCGAAACCCUGAGACAGGAUGACUGUGCAGACCCAUACAGUGAUGUGAGUAGGAGUGUGAACCUGGUUCCGUACAGCCUGGUCUCCCCUCAGCGGGUCCAGAGGAAGAGGCCGGUUCUGAUCAGUCCAAACAGUCUGGCCCGGACCAUUAUUCAGAAGAUACUCAACAUGGGUGGAGCCAUGGACUUCAACAUCUGCAAACCAGAUGUCCUAACUAAAGAAGAGUUCUUAAUGAGACAGAGGAUUGAACCCAUCAUCUCCUCCAGAGAGAAGAACACCAACACCUACGAGGUUGUCUCUCCUGAGAACAUAGAGGCUGUUGCUGCAAAGGGUAAACACUGUUUGAUGGAGGCUGACGUGAGCUGUGUUAAAGACCUUUUGAGGAGAGAGAUCUACCCAAUCAUCAUCCACAUCAAGAUCUGUGACAAGAACAUCAGGAAGCUAAGGAAGCUGCCCCUUCGUGUGGACAGUGAGGAGGAGUUUGUCAGAGUGUGUCGGAGCAGAGAGAGAGAGCUGGAGAGUGUUCCGUGUCUCUAUGCGUGUCUGGAGCCUGAGGAAUGGGCUGGGCCUGAUGACCUCAUCAGAGUGGUGAAAGACAGAAUCCAGGAGGAACAGAGGAAGACUGUCUGGGUGGAGCAAGACCUGCUGUAACACACACAGAUUAAUGCAUGCACACACCUCACACACAAGGUGCGCAAGAUGGCGACGCUGGGUUAGAUGCCACAAAAUAGUUGGGAGUCCCCAGUAGGGGCUGCACACAAUUGGUCUUGGUUUGGCUGGGGUACGCCGUCAUUGUAAAUAGCAAUUUGUUCUUAACUGUCUUGCCUAAUUAAGUAAAGGUUAAAUAAAAUACAAAAUUGUUGAGAGGUUUUA